AUGAGAUACUCUUUGUUACUUAUCGUAGAUAUUGAUAUGAACCGACAAGAGUUUGAGAAAGCCGUGACUGUAAUGGUCAAACCGGUUGCCCUAUUGGUAACAAAGAACAAUGGCCAUAAGGAGCAUGAGGGAGUGUCAAAAGUCGAACCACAUGUGGGGAUGGAGUUCGAUUCUGCAGAAGAUGCUCAGGAGUUUUAUAAUCUGUAUGCUACACAAAUGGGAUUUAGGAUCAGAAUAGGCCAGCUUUAUAGGUCCAGGGUGGAUGGUUCUGUAAUUUCCCGUAGAUUUGUGUGUUCAAAGGAAGGUUUUCAGGCCAAUUCAAGAACUGGCUGUCCUGCUUUCAUCAGGGUGCAAAAGGGUGAUUCAGGGAAAUGGGUAAUGGCUAAUGUCCACAAGGAACACAACCAUCAACUUGAACUUAUUUGCCCAUCCCGUACACCAAGACAAACUCUUCCUACUCCCAGACCGACACUUGCUGUUUCUACUAGAACAGGGAUAAGGUCACAUGACGAGGAAGGUCCAUCUAAAAUCAUUGACGUCAAAUGCCCUAAAAGGGACAGGUCCAACGGAGACCUCCAUGGUGAACCGUACAAAGGUCUAGAGUUCGUUUCUGCUAAUGAAGCAUAUAAAUUCUAUUGCAUGUAUGCAGCUAAUAACGGAUUUAGAGUUCGGAUUGGUCAGUUGUUCCGAUCUAAAAAUGACGGUUCAAUUACAUCCCGGAGAUUUGUCUGCUCAAAGGAAGGGCACCAGCACCCUUCUAGAGUGGGUUGUGGAGUAUUUAUGAGGAUACAAAGACAAGAAUCAGGAAGGUGGGUUGUUGACCGUUUCCAGAAGGACCACAAUCAUGAAGUUGGCAUCGUGGAGGCUACUGAUCAAGGAACUGCUCUUGCGGCUAAGGGAUCCAGGGAGGAAGAAGUUAAUGGGUUGGAACAUCUGGAUUUAGUUGAAACUAAUGGUGGACUCAGUCUUGUUAAACGACGUCGAGGGGGUAAUAUUGGAAGUAAUUGGUAUGCUGGAAAAAAACAAGAAAACCUCGGAGCACUUCUCGUCAAUUCAAAGUUCAAAUGUGAAUUUGAGGCUUGCGUUUCGCAAAGCCAGACAGCUGGUGAAUUUGAUUCUGCAUGGGAUGUUCUCAUGGAUAAAUAUAACUUGAAAGAGAAUUCCUGGUUGAAGGAAAUGUACAGGGUUCGUCGGAGCUGGGUUCCAUUGCAUUUGAAAAGCUCAUUCUUUGCAGGUAUUCCAUUGGAUGGAAGCUUUAAGUCCUAUUUUGGUACAGUAUUGAUGGCACAAACUUCCCUGGAUGAAUUUAUUGUACAGUAUGAGAAGGUGGUUGAACAACGUCGAGAGGAAGAAAGGAAAGAAGAUUUCAACUCAUUUAACUUGCAACCAAUUUUGCGUACCAAAGAUCCGAUUGAAGAACAAUGUCAAAGGCUUUAUACAAUGAAAAUGUUUAAAGUGGUCCAGAAAGAGGUUUUGGAAUGCUAUAGUUAUGGUGGAAUCAGGAUUAACGUCGAAGGUGCUAUUAGUCGUUUGCAAGAUUUCAAGGCAUUGAUGAAGUGGAGCUUGCGAGAAGAAGCCCAUGACUUUAUCGAGGCUGGAACAGCAUCAUCAGAAAGAUACAAAUUUGCUUUUGAGAUCCUGAAGGAGGGUAAGAAAAAUCUCUGCUGGCAAACUUCGUAG